UCGUCGGUCUCCAGUCAAUUCCAGCCUCAACGCGAUCUCUCAGCUCAGCUCCCAAGACAACGCUCCACGGAAUCGGUCGAGAUUGCUCCAGUGCCGCUCCAGUACCGCUACCCGGUUCAUUAGAGGAAUUGAAAGUGCUUUGUUGUCUUGGAUUUGGAUAUCAACGAAUUGUUGGGUGUUGCCCCGCGAAGGCCUUCUCAGAUUGCAUUCACAAAAGUUUUUAAUCGAUUCGAGAUAGUUCCAACCAACGGAUACAACUUCGGCAGACAACAUGAAAGUGCUGCAACGUUUGCUCUGUGUCGGCUGUCUGAUUGGCGUGGGACUGGUGGGUGCCCAGGACUAUCAGGACUACCAGGAGAACACACCACGAACUUCCCCAGUCCGCCUGCGUCCUUCUAACCAGGCCGAAGUGCCAAGACCCACGCCAGUGCCCAUCCUCAAGCAGAUCAACAAGCACAACGAAGAUGGCUCCUACACGUACGGAUAUGAGGGAGCCGAUGGCUCCUUCAAGAUUGAGACGAAGCUGGCCACCGGCGAGGUGAAGGGCAAGUACGGAUAUGUCGACGAGACGGGCAAGGUGCGAGUGGUGGAGUAUGGAGCCAACAAGUACGGUUUCCAGCCCUCAGGCGAGGGCAUCACUGUGGCGCCACCCACUCUGGUCGAUGAGACGGCCAAGGAGGAGCCCGACUAUGCGGAUGAGCCUGUCCAGCGUCCACAGAGGCCAUACCGUGUUCAGCAGCAGCGUCCUCAGCCACGCCCACAACCACGCCCUCAACCGCAGCCGCAGCCGCAGUAUGUCCAAUACGAGGAGGAGGAAGUGGAGCCUCAGCCCCAGCCGCCGCGUCGCGUCCAGUAUGCUCCUCAGCCACAGCCACAGCACCAGCAACACCACACGUCUGUGGGUCCAGCGCCACCACGGCUCCAAGUGCCGGGAGCCCAGCGCACCACCGAUGUACUGUACUCCCCGCUGCAGCGACCCGCCCGUCCCGGUCCCGAGCCCGACUAUUCCCAAUCCCAGAGCUUCGGCGAUGGACCCUCUAAUGUCCGGAUUUCCCGCCCCGUCUAUGCCCUGCCUCCUGCCUCACCUUCUCCAAGCAGUGCUCGUGCCCAAGGCUUCCUGGCACCUGCUUCCGGUGGACGUCCGCUUCUGGAGCCCGUCGGUUUUGGUCCCUCUCAGGCGCCCGUUGCCCGUCCCGUGCAGCAACAGUCCAGCUAUCAGCCCCAGCAGCAGUCCAGCUAUCAGCCACAGCAGCAGUCCCAGCCUCGCAGUGGUGGAGGCGGCAGCAGUCUUCUGGAUCAGCUGGCCCGCGACUACGCCCUGCCCCAAGGAAGUGCCCAGCCCCUGCACGAUAUCUCCUUCGGCUACUACUGAGCAAAAAAUUGGUUGUCAUGGCAGUCACAGGACGUCAGCUGCCUCCCAGUCCUCCUCUUCAACACAGAGAUUCCUUGCUUUUAGGUCCUAUCCGCACAGGUGCACUCUGCCCCUGAGAUUUUCUAAGCGAUAAUUAAAUCCAUUACUGAUAAUCGA